GGCCGGGUGGGGGAGGGGAUGGACCGAGUGCCGGGUUGUCCCGAUGAGGGUUCGGGAAGGUUUGGCGAGUGAGAUUCCAUUCCCUGGCACUGCACCAGGUUCCCUACCCGCGUGCCCCUCGGCUCCCCCACUUCGGGGCUUCAGACUGAAAGAGCAUCCCGGGAGAAGGCCUUCUAGCGCCCAAACAGCCUAUCCAGAGACCCCCAAAUUCUGAUCUUGAAGUUGGAGGCUCCCGCGAAGUUCGUGUCUAACCUUUUAGGAGAGUUAGAAGCUGCCUGACUCCAGCCUAGUGUGUGGGGUGCCGAGGCUCGGGCAGCAUGACGACGGAGACCUUCGUGAAGGAUAUCAAGCCCGGGCUCAAGAAUCUGAACCUCAUCUUCAUUGUGCUGGAGACAGGCCGAGUGACCAAGACAAAGGACGGACACGAGGUUCGGACCUGCAAAGUGGCAGACAAAACGGGCAGCAUCAAUAUCUCCGUCUGGGACGACGUGGGCAACCUGAUUCAGCCUGGGGACAUUAUCCGGCUCACCAAAGGGUACGCUUCAGUGUUCAAAGGUUGUCUGACACUGUACACUGGCCGUGGGGGUGAUCUUCAGAAGAUUGGAGAAUUCUGUAUGGUUUAUUCUGAGGUUCCUAACUUCAGUGAGCCAAACCCAGAGUACAGUGCCCAACAGGCACCCAACAAGACGGUGCAGAAUGACAGCAGCCCCACAGCUCCCCAGCCUACCACUGGACCCCCUGCCACUUCUCCAGCCUCUGAGAGCCAGAAUGGGAAUGGACUGAGCACCCCACCAGGUCCUGGUGGUGGUCCGCACCCCCCUCACACUCCUUCCCACCCCCCCAGCACCCGAAUUACCCGAAGCCAGCCCAACCACACGGCUGCUGGCCCUCCUGGCCCCUCGAGCAACCCUGUCAGUAACGGCAAAGAAACCCGGAGGAGCAGCAAAAGAUAGCAAGACAUUCUUCCUCCCUUCCUGCCACCAACCAUAACCCAAGUGUCUGCUAAAGAGCAACACAGCCUUCUCCUGGGAGGCUGGCUUCGGGGAGUGUCAGGGGAGGUAGCCAUAUUUUAGCCACUAAACUUCACUGGAGGGGUGGUGAGCAGUGGCCUUAUCUACUCCGAGCCCAUACUUGUCCCUUGUCCAGCUGAAGCUGCCUGUCCCCUGGGAUUCAGGCCCUCUGCCUGCCCUACUUCCUCUUUAGAAACGACAGUUACAGUCUGUUUCUUGUGUGCGUGAUGUGGAAGUCUAAUUGAAUCCCUCUUCCUAAUAAAUGUUACCACUCUG